AUGCGCGCUUCUCUUAUCUCCGUCAUCUUUCCGGCUCUGGCCGCCGCUGGGCCUAUCAUCGAGGCUCGCGGUCCCAACGAGGGCGUCUACCUGACAAAUUGCCUGCGCUUUGAGCCCGGUAUCAACUACAGCGAGAUGGACUACUACACGGACGCUAAGCACAAGUCUCAAAACGGCGAGCGUCCAAACGACCUUACCUAUCUUGGCGGCUACAAGGGCGAAUACACACCAGGCAAGGACUUCCGCGUGAAGUGGGAAGGACAGCACGUCUGCGGAACAUUUUCCAGCAGCGGCGAGGUCUUCUGCUCCAACAUUGUUGCCAAUGGAGGAAGUCUUGCGGACGGUGCCUUUGCGGGAACUGGCCACAACAAAGAGACAAAUUUCAACUGCUACAAAGACACUGGCCGCACCCUUUACAGCUCAACUGGUAUUCUAUGUCAUGCCAUGUAUUACUGCUUUGAUGCUUAG